GGCGGGAGCAAUAUACACAUGUCCUUAUGUAAUUUUGUCAUCUCGCAAAAAUUUCACUUGCCGGAAUUUCAGCCUUGGUUUGAGAGAAUUUGAAGCAGUUUGUAAACGUCAUGCAUCUAGUAUCCGUUCUUCGAGUGUUAAUUUUGUGUUAAAAAACCGCUUACCGGCUUUUCAACUCGAUCCUUGUGAAAGACGAUUUUCUUGCGCAUUUGCCGGGAGGGUUCGCCAUUCAUUAGGAGGAUGGAAUUGGAGUUUAUCUAGACAGUGCUGUAGAUUUUCAACAUAUUCGUAUACUGAGAAAACACAUAUGGACCCUCAUUCUUUAACAGAAACACAUUUAUCACAACUCUGCGAAACAAUAAAAAAGGAACUUAAUUCCUCCAUCAAACCUCUGAGAGAUGUAAGUCAGUAUUACUUUGAUGGUCAAGGAAAAUACAUCAGACCAAUGAUCGUGCUUUUGACUGCAGAGGCGUGUAACACACACACCUCCAAAAACAGGAAAAUCCUUCCAUCACAAACAACAGUUGUAAUGGUGUCAGAAAUGAUUCACACAGCCAGCCUGGUUCACGAUGAUGUUAUUGAUGGAGCUGAUACCAGGCGAGGAAAAACAUCUGUCAAUAAAAUGUUUGGAGAGAGGAUGUCAGUUUUAGCAGCAGACUACAUUCUUGCAUGUGCUUCUCAAGCUUUGGCUAAGCUUGGAAAUAGUGAAGUUGUAGAAUUAUUAGCCAGAGUUGUAGAUGACCUUGUAAAAGGUGAAUUUAUGCAGCUAGGAUCAAAAGAAAAUCCCGAUGAGAGGUUUAAUCAUUACUUAGAAAAGACAUACAAGAAAACUGCAAGUUUGAUAGCAUGUUGUUGCAAAGCAGUGGCUGUAUUUGGAGAUUGUGGCCCAGAAGUACAAGAAAUUGCCUUUCAGUAUGGCAGAAAUAUUGGAAUGGCUUUUCAGGUAGUAGAUGAUAUUCUGGAUUUUAUAGCCAGUGAAGGAGAGAUGGGAAAACCAACAGCUACAGAUCUUCGGCUGGGGCUUGCAACUGCGCCUGUCUUGUUUGCGUGCGAACAGUACCCUGAUUUGAAUGCGCUCAUCAUGCGUCGGUUUAAAGGCCCUAAUGACGUGGAAGAAGCUCGGGAAGCAGUUUAUAAGAGUGACGGUAUUGCACGCUCUUAUACAUUGGCCAGUCAGUAUGCUAAAGAGGCAGUCAAACAAAUCAACAAGCUGUCUUCUUCUUCCCAGAGAGAUGCAUUGAUCACAAUCACUCAGCAGAUCCUACAAAGACGAAAGUAACUACUUGGCGACUUUCCAUCCCCCCCCCCUCCCCUCCCCUCCCCCCGAAAAUCUUACUCUUUUAUUUUUGUCUAUAAGUUGUAAACGAAUUGAGAAGUGAUCACGAAACUUUUUAGGAGACUAAAGACUGACAAUAUUUGCCGUCUUUCUACAUGACUUGUACUUUGAAGUGUAAGAGUACAACUCUAAGAAAUGAUUGAUUCUAUAUUUAAAAGGAUUAUAAACUGAUUCUGUUUUUAAAUUAUGAAUAAAUAUAUAGUCACUUGGUUUAAGGAAUUCUUACUUAUUUACGAUAUGAAAUACGUAAGAGAAACUCACAGACUUGAGAACAAUGAUGGAAGGAGUUUUAGGGGCCCAUCUCAUAUCAACGAGUCUGUCGAGCGCUCUCACGCUCUUGACCAGCGGUUAAAAAUUUGAUGGCUAUUCUGCAUGCUUUUGUCCAAUGGAAAGUGCAUGAAUUCCAUUGAAGAUAAUUAAAGUCACAUGGUACACUAA